CGAAAUGGACCAAUUCCUGACAACACGGUACGAAGUUGUAGAACGACUUAGUACGUAUAGGCCAAAUAAGCCCAAAGGCUUUAACCAAAAUUACCCUCCUAGCUCAUCAACCCCUAAUAAGAAUAAUUCUUUCAGCUAUAAAAGCAGAACCCACUCAUUUAACGCUGAGAUAAAAAAGCAGGCAUCUUGCAAAUUAUGCAACUCCAACCACUCUAUGAUGAACUGCGUCAAAUUCAAGGAGCUCUCAGUGCAGGAUCGCAACAAAUUCAUAAAAGAUAAUCACUACUGUAGGAACUGUUUAGCCUUCUCCCAUUCAGAAACUGAGUGCCAUAGCAAUUUUACCUGUGUUUACUGCCAAAAACGGCAUCACUCUCUUCUCCAUUACCCCGCUAAAUCACAAACAGCAAAUACAGGCACAAGGCCAAAAACGAAUCAGGCGCGACUUCCACCCCCAGCGAAUAGCGACCCAAACAGAGCGUCAACCUCUAAAGACGCUCAACAAAACCAAACUCCCUCGUCUUCUCAACAGAACCAAACCCUCUCACACUUCGCGAGUAGUAGAGAAAAAACUCUACUUCCUACCGCAAAAGUCUCAAUCCUACACAAUGGAGAAAUAUUCAAAAUUCGAGCUCUUAUAGAUCAAGGGUCUCAGAAAACGUUCAUUGCAUCCCGCAUACAAAAACUGCUUGGCCUCCCGACAAAGGCCACUAAUUAUGAAAUUAUGGGAAUGGGUGGCCGCGUGAUGCAAAAAGCGAACAAAAUCUGCGCUAUUACCAUUUGUUCAGCCGAUACAACCAUGAACAUAACCACAAACGCGAUAAUCCUCCCGCAACUCACUCAUUUCUUGCCAUCGUUCAAAGUUACAUACAUUGAACUGCAAGAAUACUCAUCUCUCCCUCUAGCGGACCCUAACUGCUUUACUCCAGCUCGAAUAGACAUGGUAUUAGGAAGUGAUGUCAUCCCCCAAGUGCUACUUCCAGGCCUAAAAACCAAUGUCGGUGGAAGUUUAAUAGCGCAAAAUUCAAUAUUUGGGUGGAUUUUGAGUGGCCCAGUAACAGAGCACGUCUCAUCAUUCACGACCCAGGUAAUUGAGAACUCGACAGACACUCUGAACGAUCUACUCAAGAAGUUCUGGGAACAGGAGGAAGUACCAUCAACCCCGACUCUCACCGACGACGACGUAUUUUGCGAAAACCCCUACGAAAGGUCCACAGUUCGCAGAGAUGACGGUCGUUAUGUAGUAAAACUCCCCUUCAAAACUAUCUUCCCAGACACGAUUGCACUUGGACACUCAAGACCUGCAGCUCAACAACAGUACCUCAGUAUCGAGCGGAGCAUCGAAAGAAAACCUGAACUGCAGCAAACGUACACCAAAUUCUUGGAAGAGUAUCUGACCCUAGAUCACAUGGAACCCACAGCGUCGCAAGAGAUUAUACGUGAUGGGAAGUAUUUUUCCUUUUACUUACCCCACCACGCAGUUCUAAAGCCAGAUAGUAAAACUACGAAAGUGCGAGUAGUUUUCAACGCUUCCAAACUGUCUCAUUCUGGCAUUUCUCUAAACGAUAUCCUCCACACGGGCCCCGUACUUCAAAAUGAUUUAAUGCUCGUUAUCCUCAAAUGGCGACUGUACAAAUACGUUUUCAAUGGUGACAUUGAGAAAAUGUACCGCCAGAUUUACGUACACCCAGAGGAACAAGAUUUCCAAAGAAUCGUAUUCCGUAGAACCCCUCAAAGAUCGGUCGAAGACUUCAAAUUAAAAAGGGUGACCUCUGGUGUCAAUUGCGCACCAUACUUAGCUAUAAGAACCCUGCACCAACUAGCCAAAGACUCACAUGACAAACACCCAAAAGCCUCUAAGAUUCUACUGAACGAAAUUUACGUAGACGAUAUACUGUCAGGCGGACAUGAUCUCGACUCGACACUCACUUCGAUGAAUGAGAAGCAGACUUCCUCCAGUUCCCAGAUUCCAGCUCCACAAAAACCCUCGGAAUAA